UACCCAGCUAGCUGACUGGGAGUAGUUAUAGUAGAGCCAGAUACAGCGGUGUCAUUGCUCUAGCAUGUGCAGACGUUAGAGAGUUGAUCUUCUAAAUCAACGUUUUUUGCACUCCAAAACAUGGUUUAAACGUGUUUUUUACGUGUUCUUAGACAAAGAAAAUGGCUAGAAGAAAGGAUAGGACGUCAAACAAAGGCCGUCCGGGUCAUACACCGAAAAAAGAACCUCACAAAUCCAGCCGGUGCAUGUCGUGCUGUAGACGUUUCUCUACUUUAUUGUUUUCUCACGUAGGUCUAUGUGCUCUUGUCGUGGGUUAUAGCAUCAUGGGUGCAUUCACUUUUCGCGCGCUCGAAGCACCCCACGAAAAAGAAAAGCAUCAAGAAGUAUCAAAGAUUCGAGAGCAGACGGUCAAGAGAUUGUGGGACAUUACUUACGAUCUGAACGUUUUGUAUAAAGAGAACUGGACCAAAUUGGUUACGGAUGAGAUUAAACGGUUCCAGAAGGAAUUAGUUUCUGCUGUUAAGGGAGGUUACGACGGAAAGGAUGUUGCUACAAAUCAACAGUGGACUUUUUCUGGAGCAUUUCUCUAUUCUCUAACCAUUCUGACUACUAUAGGUUACGGUAACAUCGCACCGAAGACAAAAUGGGGGAAAUUGAUGACAAUAGCUUACGCUAUUUUUGGCAUACCGUUAAUGUUCCUCUAUUUGACCAACGUUGGAAACAUUUUAGCCAAAACUUUCAAGUAUAUAUAUGGGAAAUUAUGUAACCGAAGUAACAAGAACAAGCAGAGAAGGAGAAAACCCCCCAUAGAACAAUAUCAAAUUCAUCACAUAGUACUACGCGACAACACACCAAAUGCUCACAACUCCAUCGAUCCAAGUCUGCCAACCAAAUUCAACGUUGCAUACGAGGGCGAUCACAAACCGGUAUGUUUAAGAGAUGAACCACAAGAAGACAUGGAAAUACCACAAAAAAUCAAAGUAUCUGUACCCAUUUACCUAUGUGUAGUCAUCAUAACAUGUUACAUUUGCGGGGGCGCCGGCAUAUUUUCCAUAUGGGAGGGUUGGAAUUACUUGGACGGUUCUUACUUCUGUUUUGUCACACUGAGUACCAUCGGUUUCGGUGAUUUGGUACCGGGUUAUACCAUAGCAUCCGAUAGUGGCACACAAGAAAAACUGAUCAUCUGCUCUUUAUAUCUCUUGGGUGGUAUGGCAUUGAUAGCGAUGUGCUUCAAUCUCGUGCAAGAAGAGGUGGUCAAGAAGGUGAGGACUGUCGGCAAGAAGAUGGGUAUCAUGAAAGACGAUGAAGAAGUUGAAGAUUGAGAUCGCCAAUAAACUAAAUCAUUGUGCCUUACCCCUGUGUGCGAAGAUGAUCCGUUGAAAGAGUUCACGAAUUACCAGGACGUGUUGCAAGCUAAUCAACAGUGUUUGCACGUUGCAAACAUCAAAAAUUCGACUGAAAUAAACAAAAAUUGUAUAUCCCAUUCUGUCCACGCGUAAAUUUCGGUAUUCCUAGACAUAAAAAUGAUGACGAUGAUGAUAUACCAUGUGUGGAACUGAAUUAAAAACGUGUUCGGUUUUCAUUUUUGUUAUCUGAAGAGACACAUCAUGUGGCGUGAAAGCUUUCUAAGUUAAUAAAAG